GGUGUCAAUGGGCCCGGUCGGGCCUGAAAAGCAGAGUUUUAAAUAAUCCUGGCCUGAGGACCUGCCCGAAACAGUUCAAAAUCCGGGCCCAGACCUGACCCAGGCCCGGCCUGUUGACACCCCUACUAGCGAGGGAGGAAAAUCAAGCAAAACCCUACAAAAGCCCUCCUUUUUCUUGGCACUCCCGUUUCCCAUCUCUCCACGGAAGGAAGAUGCAGAAUCUCGAAACAACAACAGCAGAAAAGCUUCCCACAAAGAAGAGAAAACGAAGAAACAGCAACCACAACAAAAACAACAACGACGAAGACGACGGUCACAACAACAGCAACAACCAUAACGACAUACCUACAACGACGCAUCAUGCUACUCUUUCUCCAAAAAAAGCAGCAGCAGCUGAAGAAAGAGAAGAGGGAGGACGCCCAGAGAAAAUCCUCACAACACGACCCGGCGUAGACUGGAAAAAUCUCGACUUCAUCCUCUCUCUUCAGAGCAAAGAAAUCAAUCUCCAGAGGAAAGUUGAACUUGCUUUCGAUUUUGUCAACUCUGAUGCUCACAAUAGAACCUGCAACUAUUACAAUCCCCAGUGUGAAUCUGUGCAGUCGUCGCGCUUAAUUCCCUUUCUCAAUGAUUGGAUACAGUCGCUAUUAAUUUCUCCCGACAAGAAAAUUCCCAUCAAAGGGAAAGAUAUAGAUCCUUGUUUGGAUUCUCGAUGCUGGGUUGUUUUCAAAUUCUGCUUAGAGCAAUCGUCUUCAGCUCUGAGCUUUUCGCCAAACCUUCUUCGUGCAGUUUCUCGCGUAAUAAAAGAUGCGUCAUCAAUCGAAGAGCAGCAGUUGUUUGGUCUGGUUUCCGAUUGCUUUUUCCUUUUAUUCUCAUCACAUGGCCUAUCGUUCAAUGCCAAUGUCGAUGUUUGGGCUUCUGCUUCUGCUGCAGCUCUUGAUCUUGUGCACAAGAUUUUCUCUGACAGUUUUAAUCUGUCUGGUUGUAAUGUGGGUGUCUUUCUUCGCCUUUCGUAUUCAGUGCUCGAGCCUUUUGCUAAUUUUUUGCGGGUCCACCCGAGUCCUAAAAAUGUGUUUCCUGUCGUUGUAGACAGACUUCUUGAGCCAUUGUUGACAAUGCUGGUUUUGUUGGACCAUUCGAGCAAUGGAAGCAAAGGCGACUCAGCGGGGGGUUUCUUGAAAGUUGGGGAAGACAUUUUGUUGAAUGGGUUAUUCCACUCGGCACAUAUUGAUGGGUUCUUAUGCAUACGAAGUUCGGAGAAGUAUGUCAAGUCGGAAGUGCUUAUAAAGGGGGCUAAAGAAUCGAAAGCGGUUGUUAAAAGCUAUCAUAAGCAUUUAUUUCAUAAAUUAGAACAGUUCGUGGCUGAGAAAAAGAUGCUGGUGUUGGGUGGAUUAGGACAGUUGCUGCUUUUGUUUGUUAGCAGAGUAAAAAAGCAGAAAGGAACUAUGUCUUCUGUUGGUACGGAGGCAACGAGCAAGGCAGGGGUUUUGGGGCGAUCAGAAAGUGUGGAUAAGCAGUCUACUUCUGAAAUAUCUGUCAGGAAGCAGAGUUUGGUCUUAGAAGAAGCUCUUUCUUCUAGUAGAAUGGAUGAGGCAACAAGUAACUCGGUCUUUGAUGUCUUUGUGCAGUUUAUGGAGCCUCUGGUGUUUGAUGUUAAAAGGUCUUCUGGAAGAUGGUCCAAAGUGGGAGAUUGUUCUGAAUCGGUAUUAUUCGGCGCUCAACGCACUCUUAAAUCUGUCAACAAGAUACUCUCCAGUUUUAUGCAUGAAAAAUUAUAUGUCAGGACGGAGGAUACAUCUGAAGGAGCCAAUCAUAAUUUCUUGAAGGAGGUCUAUGACACAAUCAUUGCAUUUUCCACCGAAAUGCAUGUACACUGGUUAUCGGCAUUAAAGAAAGAUGAUGGGAGGUGUACUGAGAUGCUACUAUGGAUAGCUAAGGAGGUUAUUGUUGCUGUUGGGUAUUUCUUAGAGAUUGAAUAUGAGGUCAUUGGGAAUGAUUUGGUUGGCUUGUGGCAUAUGAUGCUUUCAUACCUGGCUAUUGAUCUGUCUCUAGUGGAUGCACAACAUGUCAUUCAGGAGGUUCUCCACCUUGGAUGCCAGUUGGUUAAUGUCUACAGUGAGCUUCGCCAGGUUAACAACCCCAUUUUUGCACUGUGUAAAGCCGCAAGGUUGUUGAUAUACCCGACUGAUGAUGGUGAAAUGGAUUAUUCAAGAUUUGCACCCUCUACACCUUGUUUGUCCCCUGAGACACGUGUAAAAGCAGUUGCAACGUUGUUGUGCUCACAAGAGUUCAGACUUGCCAUUUCCACUGCAAUCAAAUCCAUACCAGAAGGGCAAGCAAGGGGAUGCAUACGGCAGUUAAAAACGGACAUCACCGAAUCUUUGGAAUGGAUGAAAAUUAGUUGCUCGAUCACUGUUGGAAAAGAACCGGCAGAAACAAAUAGAAGUAGCAGCGGUGUGCUGGAUUUAAGCUUGCGAGCUGAACUUCUAGGAAAAGGUUUAUCUGAACUGUACACACUUAUACUAGAUUCUUCAACUGUCACAACUGGCAACAGCAUUCUUGUUGGAAAAUCAAUAAAGGACCUGAUGGCCACAAUACAGGUGAGCUUGAGUAGUCUGGUGCAAAACCAAUCAGACAAUCUCAAUGAGUUUGUUUUUGCCAUUACAGGCAGGAGACUUUCCACUCAAAAGAUGCCUGAGUGUGAAACCCAUUCGAUGAUGGCAGAAUGUCACAUAUCCUUUGUUUUUGUGUUUUUCUUUCGCAUUUACAUGUCCUGCAGAAGCUUAUACCGGCAGUCAAUUAGCCUCAUGCCACCAGAUUUGUCAAAAAGGGCAUCUGCAGCAAUGGGGGAUUUAUUUACAGCAUAUUCCGGAAAGGAUUGGAUAGAGAGGACUGACUGGGUUGAUGGAGGAUAUUUUUCAUGGAUAAUCAAGCCGUCCACUUCUCUUAUUGCCAUUAUACAGUCUAUUUCGGACAUUUUUCUUCAGGACAAUUUUUCAGGCUAUGGACCCUUGGUUUAUACACUUCAUGCUAUGGCCUGCCAGAGGCUUGUUGAUUUGAAUAGGCAGAUAAAAGCUUUCGAGUUCUUACAGGAGAGACAUGCACGGGUUGCCCAAAUACAGUUGCUGGAUGAUGCUGGCUUACGUGUGUCACGCAAAGGAAUAAAAAAGUGGGGAAAACAUAUCUUAAACUCAAAGCAAGAGGCAGCGGAUCUUACGAGUUUCAUAACAGGCUAUCUAGCAUUAAUGUUUACAAAGAAACAGUCUACAUCUGUUAAUGGUGAUUCCAUUGGCAUGAGUGAAGCGACACUGGGUACCUGUGAAGAUGAUGCGUGGGAUUUUGGUGUUUCGUCUGUGAAUGAGAAGUCACUGCCUACCGCAAUUUGGUGGUUGCUGUGCCAAAACACCGAUGUUUGGUGUCCUCAUGCAACUAAAAAGAAUUUGAAGAAGUUCCUUUCACUUCUGUUCUAUCAUUGCUUGUCCUCUGUGAGUAGUUUUGGUAGUCGUGGAGAGCCGAAUAAAGAAGAACCUGGCUGCCUGAGGAAAGUUACACCGCACUAUAUUUCACUAGAACUUCUUGGCGACACUGCACUCUAUGAAGAAACAUUUCUUUGCAGGAAUUUGACAUCAAGGUUUUGCCGCAUUCUGAAGAAAUCGUUCUCACCUCUCUUUUUCCUGUCCUCUUCAAGCGAUGUUGAUUUUAAUUCCUUGCCUGAUUGGUCUGAGGUUUUAAGUAUGCUUGAGAAAGCAUCAGCAGUUGGUAGUACAAAUGAUACCAAACCCCAUUCUGAUGGUUGUUUAAUGAUGGAACUGGACCCCCUUCCACCGAAUCGGCUUACUCUGGAAAUCACAGCUUGUCAAAGUUUGCUUAAUAUCUUAUGUUGGAUGCCGCAAGGAUAUACAAAUUCUCAAUCUUUUGUGGUUUAUGCAACUUAUAUUCUCAAUAUUGAAAGGCUUGUGGUUACCAGUUUGUUAAGUUGCCAAGGUGAAUUAUUUGCUGGCAGUCAUUAUGAGUUCUUCAAAUUAUUUGUGUCUUGUCGGCGGGCCUUGAGAUAUCUAGCAAUGGCUUCAGAUGAGGGGAAGCUGGAGGACAGGCAAUCCUCACUUACAGAGAUACUGUUUGGGAGUACGUUUUCUGCUUUAUGGCUUUUGAAAUCAGUCUCUGAGGUGGUUGGAUUGUUGCAUUCAUUUUCUGGAGAGGAGCAUUGUAGGCAGGUGAAAGAUAUGAUCUUCUCAUUGAUGGAUCAUACCUCGAAUAUAUUUUUAACAUUGAAUGAAGGCCAAAUGAGUGUCGCAAUCCAGUCCCAAGCAUACAAACAAAGCCUUAGUGAAGAAUUACCUAUUCAGAACCAGGGGAAUGAGCAGGAUAACGUAAUUGCAGCUGAUCUGGAUUCCAAUUCUUCUGAACGUUUUAAUGCCUGGAAAUGCUUGGAACUUGUUGCGGAAACUUUGAAGGAGCAAGCAAGAAGCCUACUUGAUACUAAGUUCAUAGGUGGCAUAAAUGCAAGUAAUUGGAACAAACUAUCUUCCUUGAUCUCUUGUUUCCAAGGUUUCUUAUGGGGCAUUGCUUCUGCCUUAAAUGAAGCAGAUGAGGCAAAAGGACACUCACCCAAAUGGAGCCUUGGCAAUGUUUCUGAAUUUAUUCUCUGUAUAAAUGUGUUUGAGGAUUUCGUAAAUGUUUGCUUGAACACGUUGCUUGUAGAUGAAAGUUCAGCAUCCGAGAGUUUAUGUGCUUCUUGUAGACUCCCUGAUAUUGAUUGCAUGAACAAAGCCUUGAGCUUGCAGGCGACUUCAAGGACCACAGUCAAAAGUUCUGGUGGUGAAGAUGAGAUUUCUCCUGGAAAACAGCCAGACAUGGGCAUGGCAGAUGGAAUGGAUGACCACUCCGCAUCUGAUGCAGAGAAUGAAAAUGCCACAAAUUCAGGAAUUAAAUUUACUAGAACUUUUAGCUCAAACAAACAAAGGUUGAAGUCAGUGCUCACAAAGUGUGCUGUAAAUGUUCUGAGUGAGGCUCACAAGAUUGAUUUAUUUGAGUUACAACAUUUGAACAGGCCUUUUUUGCGAAUAUUGUUGAAAGGUGAACAUCCUGAAGUAGCGUUUUCACUCGGACAGCUCUUCACCACAUCUUCAGCUAUUCUUAGGCUGAAGCAUCUAAUAUCCUCCCCAAAGGUAUUGAAACUGCAGAUUGACUGCAACAAAUGUGUGUCAACCUCAAUGGUUAUUCUUAUUGGAACUUCGCAUUUUGUUCUAUCGGAGUUUGCAGAAAUGGUUGGGAGGCCACACCCAUUCUCUUUGGUUUGGUUAGGUGGCAUCAUAAAAUAUCUGGAGGUUUUAGGUAGUUACUUUCCUUUAACCAAUCCUGUCUUAACUAGAAAUGUGUAUUCCAAGCUGAUAGAUGUUCAUUUAAGGGCCAUAGGGAGAUGUAUUUCGUUACAAGGCAAAUCAGCGACUCUAGCAUCACAUGAGAUAGAAUCAAGCACCAAGACACUUCAAGCUCAAGAAGGAUCAUCUGACAAUUGUGCACCCUCUCUUGGUCACAGGCACUACAGCAUCAAUGAAUUUAAAGCUAGGCUUAGGUUGUCGUUUAAAAUGUUCAUCAGAAAACCCUUGGAGUUGCAUCUUUUAUCAGCAGUACAAGCUUUAGAAAGAGCCUUGGUCGGGGCGCAGGAAGGCUGCAAUAUGAUGUAUGGAAUACAUACUGGUGGUAUAGAUGGUGGAGAGGUUUCUUCUAUGGUUGCGGCUGGAAUCGACUGCUUGGAUUUGGUUCUGGAAUCUGUCUCAGGACACAGGCGUCUGAAUAUUGUUAAAAGACACAUCCAAAGCUUGAUUUCUGCUUUAUUCAACAUAGUUUUGCAUCUCCAGAGUCCUCUUAUCUUCUCUCAAGGGGAGUUGAACCAUAAUAAAGGUGAAACAAAUCCUGAUUCGGGCUCAGUUGUUCUUAUGUGUGUUGAGGUACUAACUAAAGUUGCUGGGAGAAAUUCUCUGUUUCAAAUGGCACCAUACCAUGUGGGUCAGGCUUUGCAUCUACCCACAACUCUUUUCAGACAUUUCUGCCAGCUCACAGCUUCACCAGAUAGAUCUCAUUCUAUGGUGUUCAACGCCAAAGAAGAAGUGCGACAUGUGACGGGCAUGCAUCUGAAUAUUGUAGAUCGUCAGUUUUCCAUAGAUCUAUAUGCUGCAUGCUGCAAAUUAUUGUAUACAAUUCUGAGGCAUCAGAAAAGCGAGUCGGAACGAUGCAUCGCUCUGCUUGAAGAUUCAGUGCGCAUUCUCCUUUAUUGUUUGGAGGCGGUGGAUGCCGGUUUUGUUAGCAAAAAGGGUUAUUUUGUUUGGCAACUACAAGAAGGAAUAAAGUGUGCUAGCUUUCUAAGGAGGAUUUACGAAGAGAUAAGACAGCAGAAGGACAUCCUUGGGAGGUAUUCUUUUCAUUUUCUCUCGAAUUACAUAUCGAUUUAUUCAGGAUAUGGCCCUCUUAAAACAGGAAUCAGAAGAGAAAUAGAUGAAGCUCUGAGACCAGGUCUGUAUGCUUUAAUCGAUUCAUGUUCAGCAGAUGAUCUUCAACAACUUCAUGUUGUAUUGGGAGAGGGUCCUUGCAGAAGCACUCUUGCGACUUUACAGCAUGAUUACAAAUUGAAUUUCCAAUACCAAGGAAAAGUCUGAUAGAGUUCUUUUCAUUACUAUUCGAGUUUGAAAUCAAGAUGGUCCUUUUUGGCCAGUGUCAUGGCCUAACACAAUGGAAGGACCUCAGAUUGUCGAAGUUCACUUUGGAUGGCAUGCUCCAGCCUCAGAUUCGGGGCGGGCCAUUUUUUACACCCAAAGCAAAAAAAGAGUCUCUCGGAGAUCAAAUCGUUCUGGUUGUUUGCUACAAAGAUCAAGUUAAUUGAAGAGAUGGACCAUUAAUGAGGAAAGUAUAGCAUGGAGGGGUUCUAUCUGUUACAGUAAAAGCUUAGAACUGGUUAAUCCUCGCAAUUUUGUAUCUGUACAAUAAACAUAAAUAUCUUUGCUUAUGAAUGCUGUUAAAUAUACACACACCCUUCAUCUCUUCCAAAUUAAAAUCAAUCUUGUUGGCAUUGUAAACAUGUGUUUUUGAUUGUUACGGCAUACCACAUGAAUUGUUUGGACAA